AUGUCCAGUCCGAUGUUGCAAGUGCGCGGUAGUGAGCACGAUUUUUUCGAACUGAACAAGACACUCGAAGAAAACGUGAAAAGCCUGAUGGUGGAGUUGGACUCGAUUAUAAGCAAUCAGGAGGACGUUAUAGAGAAGCCGAAGAAUUGGUCGGACAAGUGGGCGUCGCGGGCGAGAGGCCCUACUCGAGCAGUGGAAAUUACGAUAAUUGCCACGAAGUGUAAGUUACCUGCACAAAUUUUUUUUUUUUUUCUUUUUUCUUUUCUUCGCUUUUUCAACGAGUGGCUGUAUUUUAGAGAAAAAUAUAAUCAAAUAUCAACAAACAAGACCAUCAUUCGCUACUUGAAGGCGCAAGUGGUCAAGUUUCAAGCUGACGUCAAGGCCCUUGAGUGCGAGCUCAAAAAGAAAAACGAAAGCUGCAAAGAAUUGGAGAUCAAAGUGAAAAAGUCCGAGGAGAGACGGGAAAGUUUUCAGAAUCAGCUUAGUUCUCAGAAAGAAGUCAUUGCGAAGGCUCAAGCUCUGAGCAACGAUCUGCAAUCAAAAAUACACACUCAAAACACGGAAAUCACGUCUUUGAAGAAAGAAAUCGAAAUACUAAAACGAGACUUAAAAUCAUCGAACCAGCUCACCUCCAAUUGCGACGUGAGGCUAGCGAGAAGCUUGGAUGAGAACGAAAAAUUGCGCUCGUCACUGAAGACGUGUCAAACGGAGGGAAAAGAACUCAGGGAACAGGUGCGGAAAGUCCAGGAGGAAAAGAGAUUAGCUCUGAAAACUGCCGAUAAGCAGCGCACCGAAGUUUUUCAGGCCUUCAAGAAGCAAGCGCAACUUGUGGACAAUCUGAAGAAACAAAAAGCAUACCUGGAAGCAAGCAAAGAAAUUCGGUUUGUCGAAGAAGAUUUUGUUAAAUUAUUGAACUGGAAGCCCGAUAAUACCAGCUGA